GUAGCACCAUAUGCUUCCAGACAUUUUUCUACAGACCAGAAUUAAUGACAAACAUUGACAGCCUUUCAUAAAAUCUCCUAAGAAAGUUUUUUUUCCUGUGUUGGGAGUUAUUGCCUUGCUAUUUAUAGGAUAAUGAGAAAGGCACACAGUUUAAUUUAUUCUAUUGCAUCCACUGUCACUCCAAAGUGCAUAUUUGUAUCACCAACAUUCAGCGAAAAUCAAUUAUGUUUGUACCGCGCCUCUGAACUCAUCCAGUCUCAAGGGUUGACUCCCCCACGUGAUGAAACAGCAGCUACUGUACCUCUCAAUGAUGGAGUCGGAAGAGGCAAGGAUAAAUGGUCAAAUGUAGGAGCAGCGCCAGUUUACUUGAAAACAGAGUCGACCACGGUUAUUUCAAGGUAGAUAACCGAACUAGCCAAACCUAAUCGGAUAAUCGCUUUAGGAUCCCACCUUGUGCACGGGACCGCAGCCUAGAUCUAGUCGGGUACCUGGGGAUGCGAUGGGAGAGCGAGUACCGCAGAGAUGAUGCGUUUUGUACUGGAUUGCUUGCGGACGCCAAGGCAACGGGCACCCUGCAGUGAGAGGGACCAGGACUUUGUGGAACAGGACCAGGGUGUCAUUCAGAAGACUGGAGAAAUCAAAGACCUGCAGGAUGCAGUGCAGCAGGAAGUCAUUGAGCUGCAGGAGCAGCGGGGCGACCGCCAGGAGCUGGAGGAGACCCUGGAGAAGCUGGAGCAGCACAGGGUGGAACUGGAGGAGCAACUCAAACUGACCAGGCUGGAGUGCGUCCAGGAGAGCCAGCAGAUCCUGUCCUUGCAGGCGGAGGAGGUGGCCAGGGAGACAAAGGUGGAGGAGUAUGAGCGGGAGCUGGCCAGGGCCAGGAGGAAACUCAAACAGCUGAAGAUGGAGGUCAGAAAGGCCCAGGGGAAGGUGGAGGAGGCGGGUGAGCGUACCAUUCCUCUGGAGGAGUCCAUCAGCCAAUCAUACGAGGAGAUUUUACAGGAGGAGCAGACGUUCAGUACACUGAGGAGUGAGCGGACGGGAGAUGCAACACUGCCAGAUCACCAGCAAGUGGAGUCAAACGACACAUCUCCCAGCAGCCUCAGGACAGAGGACGGAACUCUGGAUGUACCCGAUGUACCAGCCAGGUCAUGGGGCAGGAGCCAAUCACUGCCUGUCUACGCUGAAAUCCUGGCAAACCUUGGGUGCGCAGCUCGCGCUAAGGACGGAUUGUCUUAUACACAAGAAGAGGAGGAGGAGGAGACACCUGUACCAAGCACACCAAAGCAGAUAGAUAAGGGAGAAGAGGAAGAGAAAGUGGAGGAAGAGAAAAUUUCCCAGACACGAUCCACCAGUAGCAUAGCAGUCGAAGAUCUAGACUUCUACCACCCCGACCCCUUCAUUCACUGUGAAUCUGAACAUGACCUUUUCAAAGAUGACGACUUCUUUGCCAAUACAGAUAAAUCUGAUGACGACCCGUUCAAAGGCACGGACCCCUUCGCUGCUGACAUCCUCUUUCCAGAGGGGACAGAGGAGCCAUAUCCAUCCACUGACCCUUUCCCAGACACCCCUGCCUGCCUGGAACCUGGAUUUAACGAGGACACAGACAACAGCCUCUCCUGCCCUGAAAACAAAGCCUCUACCGGCACCCAGUGCUUUGAGUCCGAGUUCCCCGACGAGGAUGAAUCCAGUGACAUAGAAAUCAGUUACAGCAGGGAGGACCUGGACACUGUUCACACGGACGCUGUUGAACUCUCCUUCGUUGAGCCCAAAACAUUGAUCAUGACCGAACGCUUGGGUUUCAAGCCCAUCUACACAGCUCAAACCUGUUCUUUGGACACUGAAUUAGAUGACGCAGAUGAACCCGGCUUAGCUUUGGGACGCCAACCCUUCAGUGAAUUAUCCCGGUCCAACACCUGGGCUGCCGGGCCCAACUUAUCCACCGAAUCGGACCCUAAUGGAUACGAGUUUAAUAUCAACGCAGUAUCCCCACCUUCCGACAUAGAAGAGAUUGACAUCACUCUUGGAUCUAUACAGGUUGGCUUUGACGUUGUGUGUGACUCUGUGGAACUCAGCUACCCUGUUGGGAUUCAGGCCUGUGACUCAGAACCUGCCGGAACAGGUGGAUGCGACCUUCCUGAACCCAGCCCUCCUGUGCCCAUCCGCCCGGUCCGUCCACCUAGACGCCUCAAAGGGGGAGCGUCAGCUGUCCUUGUAGAAGAGCCAUACACUCCCAAAGCUGAACGCUGUGAUCCAGGUCCUUCCAACCGUUCAGCUGAUUCAGAGCUGGACAGUGCUAUCGGGAUGGACCCUCUUUUCAGCUCAGCUGAACACAACAGUAAAUUCAGCUUCAGCAACAGUCUCGAGCUGAGCUAUGAACCCAGUAGUCAAACUUCGUACAACUAUGGAUUCAAACUCAGCCCUGAACACCACAGUGAAGAGAUUCUCGAUCCUUUUGGCACUGAACUCAGCGAUGAAGAGGCCGACAACCAAGCCUCAUUUGAUCCGUAUGAAUUUGAGCCUACCGCUCAACCUGAGACCCAAGACAAGUUCGACCCUUACGAGUUUGGACAAAAGCCUCAUGCCACCAACCAAGACACAUUUGACCCCUAUGGUUUCAAACUCGUAAGUUUUGAGACUGACAACCAAGCUAUUGUCGACUUACACAGCGGCGAUGGUACCAACCUUAAAGACAACAAUAACAGAACCAAACGGGACCCCUUUAGCUUUGAUUUCAGUAACGCAGCAUCAAUGGACCACUAUAGUUCAGACCCCAGUAAUACUGCAACAAUGGACCUCCUAGGUCUGGAACUCAGCAGAGCCAACAGUGUUGCUGAGUCAGACUGUAACAAUCCUACAGUGUCUGACCCAUUAGGAACAGUACAAACCAUGGCAACUGGAAGCAACCUGUUAGACCUGGACCUUGUGUUUGGAAGCAGUAGUUAUGGAAACCCUGAGGUCGCCCCUGAGCUCGACCCCUGUGAGCCUAGACAGGGAAACCCUGCUGGUCCAGACAACUUUGCGUUCAGAGCGAGAGACACCGCCCACUCCGAGUCUGUAGACACCGUUUCUGACUGGAUGACUGUUAAGACCAACUCCAGGGAGUCUUUCGGCCCAGUCAACUCCCGCACACACAGCCUGGACAAAUGAACCAUUCCCUGGGAAGAAGUCACCAGUCUGGCCAUGAGUCUACUGCAGUACAGCCCAACAAUGGGGAAGUAGAUGGAAAGAUAGCAGGUGAAGGAAGGAAUGAGAGAAAGGAGUCACUUUUCUCCAACCUGGCAUGAUUCACCUUGACUCCUAGUCAAGGGUUGCAACAUUGCAUUGAUUUAAAAGGGAUUGAUAUGUUCAUUGAAAAUCAUAAUUUGAUCAUUCUAAUUUAUGAGUUAUUAAUUGGUGAUGGUUGUUUUGCAGCUGUAAGGCGUUGGUUCAUUCUAUACCCUGUUAUAGGUGCAAUAUACUAUUUCAUCUUGGUCAAGAUAUAGGUAGAGGUGAGAACAUACAUUUCCAUAUCCCUAAGAACCUCAAGUUUUAAUAGCAUGAAAACGAAAGGAUUUAUUAUCCUGUUUAUCUUGAAACUCUUUAACCAUCCAUCCUUUAUCAGAAAUAUAUGAGAUGCCAAGGGAUAGGGUAAAGGGUGGAGUGAAUCAUUUGGAAUUGAGCUUUCUGGAAAUACAACCAAUCAUUUUUGAUGGAGGUGAGCAAACCAGGUUGGUAGAAUGCAGGGUAUGAGCUUCUUUAUGUUCAUGCUUUAUGAGUCAACUGUAAAUAAAUCAUUGAAUAUGUUUUAAGUAAAGCCAACUGCGGCCAAUACAAAUUGUUAAAAUCAAAUCAAAUGUUAUUUGUCACAUACACAUAUUUAGCAGAUGUUAUUGCCGGUGUAGCGAAAUGCUUGUGUUCCUAGCUCCAACAGUACAGUAGUAUGUAACAUAAAUAUAUUAAACAUAAAUAUUUAAAACCCCUUGGACCUUGCACGCCCGAUUUUCCCUCCUGGUUAGCUAUUUAAUAUUCUACCUACCAAUGUGACAUGGCGUGAGCCAUACCUUAAACAAAUGUGUGUCUAUGUAUAUAAAUGUAAAUCCGUAUGUACUUUCUCAGACGCCCUGGGCCAGUAAUACAUAGAUAAAUGUAGGGAACUACAAAGUGAGUGAGUGUCUGAUCUUACAACCAUACUUAUAAAGGGGCUCUACUCAUUCAGAUCCGCUUUAGCCAACAUCCACAUAGUGGUUGUUUUGGCGGUGUCUUGAGGUAGAACUGUGUUAGAGCUGAGAGAUCCACAAGCAACUCCUGGCAUUAUACCUAAAGCGGACAUUGCCAUUGGCUGCACAGAGUCGCAUUAAGAUUAAUUCCAUGCAGCCUUGUUUACAAGUUUCAAACACUAGAACGUGAGAUGUAAUCUACACCUCGAUUAGGCUGGUAGAAAUCCUAAUUUUGUUUAAUGAUUUUGAGCAUCAUUAUUUCUAGAUAUACACUUCCUUGUUCUGAACGUCUAACUCGAGUGGGACAAUGAUCAAGAGCAGCUGCUCACCGUUUUGACAGCUCCAACGCAGUUACUCCUCCAACACAGUUACUCCUCCGACACCGCCAAAACAUCAACUGUGUGGGUGUCGGCUAUCGCCGAUUAACGCUUGAUCUGAUUGAAUCUUGGCCUUAACCUUUCGUCCAGUUUGCAAAUAUCUAUCGUUACAAAAUGGAUUCCCAUUUUUGCAUACUGGUACUGCCAAUAUAACACGCCAUAUUCUUUGUACAAAGUGUCUUUAUUGCAGUGAUGGGAAAUGGCAAAAGAAACCCAAACAGAAAGAAAGAAUCUAGGCCCAACUGCAUGUAACACAUUCAUUAUCAGCUACAAUGCACAGUAAAACAAAUUAAAAAUACACAAGCAAUCCUGCCUGGUCAAAUAAAAAUUAAGUGCAUAUAAUCAACGAAAAACGAAAUCGACUAUUUUUUACCCAUAAAACAUUAAAAGAAUGUAGAUACGUUGUGUGCAUAUGCACAAUAUAGGCCUAUGUAGACAAUUUCACCUCGUUUCAUACCAUUUUUAAUCCAGAUUUUAUACUCGAAACUUGAUUUAGUUGAUACUACACAGCAUCAACAAGAUGGCGUUUAAAAAAAGCACACAGAAGAACCUUCCUGCCACUGAGAAUUGUGUUCUGAAGCUAGAUGACCUUGAUGUAAUCAACUACCAUACCCCACAAUUGUGUCGGCAGUGCAGAUAAUGGCAUCGCUUUUGAUGAGUGGGUUUACUAAUAUAUUCACAGUUCAUAUUGCCCUUACAAAAAAAGAUUGCAGUUUUGAAACUGCAGUCUGUGUUAUUUUGGAGCAAUAAUUGCAGCAUACUGAAGCUAUACUGCACUGACUGCAAUCUCUUUUCUUAACGGUGGUUUGAAAAACAUAUCCAUUCCCCGUUUAUUUGUGUUCUUCAGCAAAUAACUCUAUAACGAGACACUCAUUGACUGUCCAGCAAUAUAUUUUUUGCAUGCUUAGAUACUUAGAAUUAGAACAGCAAUAGACACGUAGUGACCAUGAGGACAACAGAUCGACUUGACUUUAAUGUAGACUCAUGGAGUCAACCACCAGAGGCAACAUACUGUAUGAUUGAGAAGAUUUAAAAUGUGCCAUUCUAUAUAAAAACGGCAGCGCUUUCAAAAUGGGGACCUAAAACUAAGAAGCUUUAACUCUGACAACUGAGGCACCUAAAAAAAAAAAAAGCACAAGUCUUAUAUUGUUCCACAUAAUGUGAUGGAAAUGUACUCUGCCAUUUCUUAAUUUGAAAUGUCAGACUGCCAAUAAUAACACUGUUGCAGUUUUAAUAUAUUUCCGUUUACCCACAAACCAAAAUAAGACUUGUUCAACAUUCCAAGAAUGAAGCCCCAGAAAGUGAUUUUGUCCCGAUAAGAGUUUGAUUGGGUUUACAGUGUAGUCAGCUACUGAUAGCACAAGACAAAAAGGCAUCCCUUCAACAUUUUACUCCCAAAUAGAGUAACAUUCAGUGAAAGUUCUAAAAGACAUUACAGUUGCACUUUCUUUUACAAUCUGUAUUUACUAGAGAAUUCAUUUAGCCUGGGUCAAAUACUUAAGAUGUGCUCGAUUUAGUUAACCAGACAGCUAACUCCAAGCACACAAGUAUUUGACACAUUUGUUCCAAGAUCUGUUGAAUACUG